UAAGGACCACAUAUUUUUGUUUUUAAGUAUUGACAUUGUUUUACUUACAAUCAUACUUUUCUCUCUUCAAAUGUUACAACUGAAAUGAUAACCAGUACGUGGCAAGGGUUAAUUCGGAACACACAGAGGGAGAGAGAUGACAUAUGGAAUCACUCACUCUCACCACAGAUGCAUACAGGUUUAAGAGACAGAAAAGGGGAGGAGAAGACUGAGAGAAUUCAAAGACUGCUGCUGUAGAGCAGUGGAACGAAUGAAGUGACCAAAACAGCUGCAGUGAAAUAAAACGGGAAAACAAGACAAGCGAAAAACAAAGAAAGAACAGCCAUCCCACAACUGCUGCAUCCCCAGCCCACACAGAGGCCUUCCUUGUACCCUAGGUUCACUCAGCCGUUUUUUCCCUCUGUCCGUCUGGGGCUAUGAGAGGAGAGAGGAGGCCCAGGUCACUCCACCAUGCCAGUUCUGAGAAGCAGGGAUGAGAUCUGGGCUGGCAGUUCACAAGGGAUUUCAUUUCCUCUCCUACACCAUGCCUAUCCACCACCGCUGCUCAUCCUCCACCCCCGAGGACUACCGGGCCUCUCUGCCUGUCCCCAUUCUGGAAAGCUCGUCCUCCCGACACUGUUGGCCCCCAGUUUCCAUACUCUUCCUCCUCUGCCUCUGCUUCCUGCUCCUUGUGCCCUUUGUAGAGUGCAGGAGGGACAAGGGAGGAGGUGGGAGUGGAGGAGAAAGGGGUGGAGGUUCACACUAUGUCCCCGUGGCACCUGCCCCACCCCCACCCAACAAGCUUACACAGGGAUUGAGCAUUGCCGUGGUCCUGGUGGGUAACUCUAGUGAGGUGGCACUGGCUGAGGGCCGCGAGAAGGAGGACUUCCAGUAUAUGCCGCUGCCGCCAAAUGUGGAGCUUGUCACCAUGAAUGAGACGGACCCCAAAAGCAUCAUCACCUGUAUCUGUGAUUUGAUGACAAAGCACUGGCUUCAGGGUGUGGUGUUUGGUGACGACACUGACCAAGAAGCUAUUGCCCAGAUUCUGGACUUCAUCUCGGCCCAGACGCACAUCCCCAUCCUAGGCAUUCGUGGUGGCUCCUCCAUGAUCAUGGCUGCCAAGGAUGACAAUUCCAUGUUCUUCCAGUUUGGUCCAUCAAUCGAGCAGCAAGCCUCUGUCAUGCUGAAUAUAAUGGAGGAGUACGACUGGUACAUUUUCUCUAUAGUAACUACCUACUAUCCUGGCAAUAAAGACUUUGUGAACAAGGUGCGGAGCACCAUUGAGAACAGUUUUGUAGGUUGGGAGCUAGAGGAGGUGCUUCUGCUGGACAUGUCAGUGGAUGACGGUGACUCCAAAAUCCAGAACCAGCUAAAGAAGCUUCAGAGCCCUGUCAUCCUGCUGUACUGCACCAAGGAGGAAGCAACCACCAUCUUUGCAGUGGCUCACUCAGUGGGCCUCACAGGCUAUGGUUACACCUGGAUUGUCCCUUCGCUGGUGACCGGUGACAGUGACAAUGUACCUGUUGAGUUUCCAAAGGGUCUAAUUUCUGUGUCAUAUGAUGAGUGGGACUAUAGCCUGGAGGCUCGAGUUCGUGAUGGGGUGGCCAUCAUUGCCAUGGCAACCUCCACCAUGAUGCUUGACCGGGGUCCUCACACUCUUUUAAAGUCAGAGUGCCAUGGGGCCCCUGACAAAAAAGGGUCAAAUGCUGGCAACCCUAAUGAAGUGCUCAGGUACCUCAUGAAUGUGACGUUUGAAGGACGCAACCUGUCCUUCAGCGAAGAUGGCUAUCAGAUGCACCCCAAAUUGGUCAUCAUCCUACUGGACAAGGAUAGGCAGUGGGACAGGGUGGGGAAGUGGGAGAACGGCACAUUGACAAUGAAAUACCAUGUUUGGCCACGCUUUGAGCUGUACCCGGGUGCCGAGGAACGUGAGGACGACCAUCUGUCUAUUGUUACACUGGAGGAAGCACCCUUCGUCAUAGUGGAGGAUGUGGACCCUCUCAGUGGCACAUGCAUGAGGAACACCGUGCCUUGCCGGAAGCAGAUCAAAGGCCUCAACCAGACAAGAGAUUCUGGAAUUUACAUCAAGCGAUGUUGUAAGGGCUUUUGUAUUGACAUCCUGAAGAAGAUUGCCAAGUCGGUCAAGUUUACCUAUGAUCUCUACCUGGUGACCAAUGGCAAGCAUGGCAAGAAGGUCAAUGGCACUUGGAACGGCAUGGUUGGGGAGGUUGUGGUAAAGAAUGCCCACAUGGCAGUUGGCUCCCUCACCAUCAACGAAGAGAGGUCAGAGGUCAUUGACUUCUCUGUGCCAUUUAUAGAGACAGGCAUCAGCGUCAUGGUCUCACGUAGCAAUGGUACUGUUUCGCCUUCAGCCUUCUUAGAGCCAUUCAGCGCUGAUGUGUGGGUGAUGAUGUUUGUGAUGCUACUGCUGGUGUCAGCGGUGGCCGUCUUCGUGUUUGAGUACUUCAGCCCUGUUGGGUACAAUCGCUGUCUGGCAGAUGGGAGAGAGCCUGGGGGUCCCUCGUUCACUAUCGGCAAGGCCAUCUGGCUGCUCUGGGGCCUGGUCUUCAACAACUCUGUCCCAGUGCAGAACCCCAAGGGUACCACCAGCAAAAUCAUGGUGUCAGUCUGGGCCUUCUUUGCUGUCAUCUUUCUGGCCAGCUACACUGCCAACCUGGCAGCCUUCAUGAUUCAGGAGGAGUAUGUGGACCAGGUUACCGGGUUGAGUGACAAAAAGUUCCAAAGACCGAAUGACUUCUCCCCACCAUUCCGCUUUGGGACUGUUCCCAAUGGCAGCACUGAGAGGAACAUCCGGAACAACUACAAGGAGAUGCAUACUUACAUGGUGAAGUACCACCAGAGGAACGUGGAUGAGGCACUCCACAGCCUUAAGACUGGAAAACUGGACGCCUUCAUUUAUGACGCGGCAGUGCUCAACUACAUGGCUGGCAGGGAUGAGGGCUGCAAGCUGGUGACCAUUGGCAGUGGCUAUAUCUUUGCCACCACAGGCUAUGGCAUUGCCAUUCAGAAAGACUCUGGUUGGAAGAGACAGGUCGACCUGGCUAUUCUCCAGCUCUUUGGAGACGGUGAGAUGGAGGAGUUGGAGGCCCUGUGGCUGACUGGGAUCUGCCACCAUGAGAAGAACGAGGUAAUGAGCAGCCAGCUGGACGUCGACAACAUGGCGGGGGUUUUCUACAUGCUGGGUGCAGCCAUGGUGCUCUCGCUCGUCACCUUCAUCUGCGAGCACCUCUUCUACUGGCAGCUGCGCUUCUGCUUCAUGGGUGUCUGCUCGGGCAAACCUGGAAUCACGUACUCCAUCAGCAGAGAGAUCUACAGUUGCAUCCAUGGGGUACAGAUUGAGGAGAACAAGUCAGCCCUCAAUUCACCUUCGGCAACCAUGAACAACACCCAUUCCAAUAUCCUGCGACUGCUGCGGACAGCCAAGAACAUGGCUUCGCUCUCUGGGGUCAAUGGUUCACCACACAGCGCGUUGGACUUCAUUCGCCGUGAGUCCAGUGUCUAUGACAUCUCUGAGCACCGCCGCAGCCUGGCUGGCCAUUCAGACUGCAAACCACCCUACCUAACUGAGGACAAUAUGUUCAGUGAUUACAUCAGCGAGGUGGAAAGGACGUUUGGGAACCUGCACUUGAAAGACAGCAACUUGUAUCAGGACCACUACCUGCACCACCACCCAGGUUCAGGGUCUGGGCUGGCUUUGGGCCUUUCUGGUCCACCACCCAACAGACCUCAUAGUUUGGGAAGUGCAAGUUCAUUGGAGGGAGGUAUGUUUGACUGUGACAGUUUAGGGGGUGGGGUGGCCCCAAUUUUCACAACCCAGCCCCGGGCCUCUCUGAUGCACAGGAACAAUAAUAAAUUUGACCUAAUUGCUGGCCAGACACCAUCUUCCGGUCAAGGCUUCAAGCAAGGAUUGACAGAUAUUUAUGGAAAGUUCUCCUUCAAAGGUGGGGCAUCAAGCUCUGGGUUCAUUGCGGGACAUGACCGGUACUGUGGUGGAGGGGGUGGUGGGGGCGGAGAUGAUGGAAACAUCCGAUCAGAUGUGUCUGACAUUUCUACGCACACAGUCACCUAUGGGAACUUGGAAGGGAAUGCCAAGAAGCGUAAACAGUAUAGAGACAGCCUGAAGAAGAGACCUGCAUCAGCAAAGUCCAGAAGGGAGCUGGAUGAGAUUGAGCUAGGGUACCGGAGGCGACCUCAUCAUACCGCCCACCAUCACUACCAUGGCUCCCAAGCUCAUCGCUCAUCCUCACCACCUUUGUUCCCCUUGGACCGGAAGUCUCAAAGAGGGUCUGGGGGAGCUGGUGGUAACAGCUCAUCCUAUAUGUUCCGUGACAAAGAGAGUUUACGAGACUUCUACCUGGACCAGUUUCGGCCAAAGGAAGGGGUUCCACAGUGGGAACAUGUGGAUUUGACAGAUGGGCCUGGUGGGAGUGGAGGGGGUCUGGUCAGCGGGGGAGGUGGGUGUAGCAGUGGUGGAGUUGGUGGAGGUGGGGGUAACAGCUCCAGCUUGGUUCCAGUGGAUGAUUUCUUAAAAAGCAAAAGUAAGAAAGCAGAGUGCAAGAGCGGGGUUGGAGGUGGGUUGAGCCAAGCAGCCUCUGGUCCUCAGGCACAGGGCUGCUGGGAAAAAAAUGUCCCAGGGAGCAGUGGUGGAGGGCUAGCAGGGGGUGACUGGGAGUGCAGAAACUGCCGUGCCAGUGGUGGAGGAGGAAAGCAGAUGUCCUUGCAUAGUGCUGGGGGUGGGGUAGGUGGAGGUAUAGCAUACCAAGGAGGCCUGGAAGGGGGAAGUUGUGGGGCAGCAGUAGGUGGAGUUGGAGGAGGCAGCAGUCGUCCAAGUUCAGCCACGUGCAUGCGGUGUGAUGCCUGUAAGAAAACGGGCAACUUGUAUGACAUCAGUGAGGACAAUAACCAACUUUUGGAACUUGAAAAGGGUGGCAUAAUGGAAGGAGUUGUGGGAGGGGCUGGGUUGGUACAGUCACAAACCCAAGCCCAGCGCAGAAAACCUGGAUUAGGUGGGAAACCGUUGCGACGGCAACAUUCGUACGACACUUUUGUAGAUCUGCAGAAAGAGGAGACAGGUGGGGUUGGGGGAGUUAUGGGUGGCUUGGGUGGAGCUGGAGGAGUGGGAGGUGGAGGAAUGGGAGGGAUGUUACCACCACCCAGGAGUGUGAGCUUGAAAGACAAAGAUCGCUUCAUGGAGGGUGGGAGCCCAUAUGCCCACAUCUUUGAAAGGCAUGGAGGAUCAGAACGAGAGAGAGAACGAGAUCGUGAUCCACUCUUCUUCGGUGGAGAGAGGGGAAAAGGUGGAUCCCCGUUUGGGUUGUUCCGGGGUGGUGAGGGGGGGCUUCAUCGUCGAUCUGUGGGAGAAAGGGACAGCAGGGAUAGGGAUAGAGGGAUGAUGGGAGCUGGAGAAAGUGGUGGAGGAGGAGGCGGGGCAUACUCCUUAUCAAAAUCACUCUACCCAGACAAAGUGAAUCAAAACCCUUUUAUCCCAACCUUUGGAGACGACCAGUGCCUCUUACAUGGCGCCAAAUCGUACUACGUCAAAAAGCAGCAGCAGCAACAACAACAACAACAACAACAGCAACAGCAGCCACAACUCCUGAAUAGUAGGAGUGACUUCCGGGGUUCAAUGGGCGUGACUUCCUUCCUGCCCGCCUCUGCCACAGCUGGGGUGAUGUCCAACGUGGCCCCCAGGUUCCCUAAGGAGCUGUGUAUGGGUGGAGCAGGCGGGGGAAUAGGAAACCACCUUGGCGGCCCUGGCAACAGCAAGCUACUGCCUAGCAGGGACGGGUUGGGUGUUGGGCAGGCACAAAGGCCCUUCAACGGCUCUAGUAAUGGUCAUGUGUAUGAGAAGCUGUCCAGCAUAGAGUCUGACGUGUGAGGGAGGGAAGCAGACUGGUGUGGUGUAGGGAUUGAAGAAUGGUGACAUUAAGGUUGCUAUUACACUUGUUUAACGAAGGAAAAAAUGAUCUGGAGGUCGGACGAGUGGUGUGGUGAAGUGGAAAGGUGAGUGAGUCCAUAAUGGCAGAAAGAGAAAAGAAAAUGAUCAAUGGGAUGAAGAGGAAGAGAGAGCAGAUAUGAUUCUCUAGUCAGAAAAAGGAAGUAAAGAUGUGGAAAUAAAAGUACACUUUAAUGACAGAAAGACAAAUGGGAAUGAGAAAUGAUAUAAUUUGAAUAAUGGUUAUUUCAGUCAAUCUACAGUGUUGUCUGCUUUUAAUUUUAAAUUCCAGAUUUCAAGCAGUUUUCCUUUCUGACAGAACUUAAUUAACCUUUCAAAUGUGUUGCAACUUGGGAAGAAAUUACAGCACUUUUUAAACAGCAAAAGAAAAAAAAUCACAACUCUCAUUCCAACUGAAGGUUAAAGCCGUACUAUUACACCUGGAUUCAGUGGAAUUGACAGUGAGAUGAAAGUGUGAGAAAAUGAAAGAGGAGGAGAAGCAGAAUGGUAAUUUGGCAAGGAAUGAAUAAACAAGCAGUAGGAUAACUUUCCAAGCAGAAAUUAAUGCUCUUCAAGAGAAAUAUGUUCAAUCUCAACUCUU